AUGCCCGUUGUCGGUGAAGGAUCACAGUCCCCAGAACGCUUUGAGCGCUCUCCUUCACCCGACACCCGGGACAUUGCUGCCCCAGGUCCAUCAAAGAAGGCGCGUCUCACCCCGACAGACAUCCAAAAGUACAAGCUCGAGCGCCUCCUUGCCAACCCGGACAAGGAGUACAAGAUCCCUCAAAACCUUGGUGCUCCCAAGACUCUGCGUGCGCCCAAGGAGCUGCCGAAGAACGUGACGGGUUCGAGCAGUGCCGCGGGAUCGGGCGAGUUUCACGUCUACAAGCACUCGAGGAGGCGCGAGUUCGAGCGUGUAAAGCUCAUGGAGGAGCAGGCGCAGGCACUCGAUGACCAGGCCGCGUUCCAAGCCCGUCAGGCUGCCCGCGACGCCAUCGCAGACGCCAAGACGUCCAAGAACCGCGCUCGCCGCCAAAAGCGCAAGGCGGCAUCGCGUGGUGACAACCAGGACAGCAAGAGCUCGGCCCCAUCUGCACCCUCGGCAACCAUCCACGGACAGGGCAAGUUUGCUGGUGGUGCUGGUACCGUUGUGUUCAAGCGGCCUGGCGAGGAGGCGAGUGAUGACGAUGAGGAAGAUGUGGGACCUGUGCCCGCUACCGAGCCUGUGGCCGAGCAGGUGGCGGCGGCGCCUCCGCCCGUGGCUGCGGCGGUGCCGGUUGCGGUUGCUGAGGUAAAGAUCACUGUUGUGGACGAUGACUAG